AAAAAGCACCUCGUAGCUCACAGUUUCGAGAGGCUCACUUGCUGGAGCUGCUGCAGUAGAAGACAUGGCUUUAGCAGACCCGGAGCGUGGUGUGUCCGGCGGCGCGGACUCUCCGGCCCCGUUCACUGAGAUUAUCGAGCUGAACGUGGGCGGACAGGUGUACGUGACCAGGCACAGGACUUUGGUGGCCGUGCCGGACUCUCUGCUGUGGAGCAUGUUCAGCAAGAAGACGCCGCGGGAGCUGGCGCGGGACAGCAAGGGGCGCUUCUUUUUGGACCGGGACGGCUUUCUCUUCCGCUACAUCCUCGACUACCUGCGGGACCUGAACCUCGUCCUGCCCGACUAUUUCCCGGAGAAGAGCAGACUGCAGAGGGAGGCGGACUUCUUCCAGCUGCGCGAGCUCUCCAAGCGCCUGAGCCCCAGAGUGAGUAAGGAGAACUCCAUCAGCGAGGAGCUGUGCCACAGCGACUGGGACGAGGCGCCCGCGCAGGGCACGGCGGGGAACAACGGGCCGGGGGGCGCGCUGCUCGCGCCUUCGCCCUCUCAGUCCGCCUCCCCUUCGCUCUCCCAGGAGAACAAGAAGUCCGGCUACAUCACGGUGGGGUACAGGGGCUCCUACACCAUCGGGCGAGACAUCCAGACCGACGCCAAGUUCAGGCGCGUGGCGAGGAUCACCGUGUGCGGCAAGACGUCUCUGGCCAAAGAGGUGUUCGGGGAGACCCUCAACGAGAGCAGAGACCCCGACAGGCCUCCAGAGAGGUACACGUCGCGCUAUUACCUCAAGUACAAUUUCCUCGAGCAGGCGUUUGACAAACUGACAGAGUUCGGCUUCCGCAUGGUCGCGUGCAGCUCCACCGGCACGUGCGCGUAUUCCAGCAACGAGCCGAGCGAGGACAAAAUCUGGACGAGCUACACGGAGUACGUGUUCUGUCGAGACUGAGCUGGACACUCGUGUCAUACUGUGGAGUCACGGGCAGCAGGCUAGCUCCUCCACAUCUGUCCAGAUGUUGUGCUCUUUUGGCUAGACGGCUUUGCUUAAAGGGAAAUUCCACCAGUCUUUCAAGAUUUCUCCACAAUCCAGGUGUCCUUCAGAGUGGUUUGAUGUGAAAUGAAGCACUUCAGAGAAACUCACUGACUUAGAUUUCCUUUACAGCAGGGGGGCAAAACCCUGGUCCUGGAGUUUGGUGAUCUCACACCAACUCAACUCCUCUGUUCAUUGCUUGGGUUAGUGAGUGUUUUGGAGCAGGACAACCACCAAACUGUGCAGGACAUCAGACAUCCAGGACCUGAGAUGUGCACCCCAGCUUGACAGUGAUAGAGUGAUGGGAUUCCCUAAAUAUAACUGUUUUAUUGGACCUGCACUUGAGUUUUUAUCUGUAAGGAUAAUACAGUAAAUCUGUUUUCUUUGGAGUUUCCCUCACUACACCCUGCAUGUUCCUCUGCACCACAAAUUAAUUUAAUAAAAUACAUUGUAGGCCAAAGUGUUCCACCAAAGCCAUCAUAAAACAAUAUCUCAGGCAUCAGGCAAUAUAUUCAUAACAAUUUCAUGUAGCAACUUACUGUGAUGUAGCUUUUAGAGGCAUCAAACACAUCAGACGUUUGGUUCUUAUCACAACCACCGUGAACAAUUCUGACUUUGUUGGUUUCUCCAGAAUGAGGCAUGUCAAAUCAGACCACUCUGAAUGACUUCAACAUCUCAACUAUGUAUUUAUGCAGAAAUUUUGAAAAACUUGGUGGAUUUUUUCUUUAAAUUUAAAAGCUGAAAAGUAACUGAGUGGCCAUUAUGCGCACAUUAUUAAAAGACUUCUGACAUUAAAUUUUUUCUGUCUUUAUUAUUUCAUAAGGCACUGGCUCAUUGGCUGAGGAGGACUUGUUUUUACAGCUCGACUGCUUACAGCAGCUCUUCAGGGCACAUACACAACAGAGCCAGUAUGACAAACAUUUUUAUUAUGAGAGUGUGACUUAACAUUUGAUUAUGCAUGUGCUGUCAUACCAGUAAAGGACUAAAGUAUUUAAUGGUAUGUAACAAAACCAAAAUAAAUACCUAAGACGUAGAUGAAUGUUCAUAGCUGUGCUUGGAAGGCAAAAGGAAAGAAAAUGUCUCUUGGGAUAAUGAUGCACUGAACUGGAAACAGCUUGAUAGAGCAGGAUUUCAGUAUCUGUGAAAGACAUACUCAAAUCCCUUUUGUGCUUUAGAUCUGCUCUAUCUGAUGUUAAUCAGACUGGUAGUCUUAACUCGCAUGCUCUUUUCCACCAUGAGGCAGUUUGGUCUUAUUUCUUUAUGUUUAUUAUUUAUUUGUUCAUUUAUAGCUGGGAUAGGCUCCAGCAAACCCCCGCAACCCUGAGGGAGAAGCGGCUUAGAAACUGUGUGUUCAUUUUGCACUGUUUGCUGUGACUUGGUAGAAAUUACAGGUGUCUCACACAUUUUGCACAUUUUUGGUAUCUAAACUAAGGGAUUUAUUCCAACUGUCUUUUGGUUUCCAUGUACAGCUGUUAAAGUUUGUGCUCUAUCCUAUGUAAGCUUCUUUUACCUGUUCUAUGUGCAGUGUGUUUGAGAUAAAUUAAAUAAAAUUA